UGGAUCGAUUGGGUAUUUAGUCGGUGGAUUCUCUCGACAUUCUUCACUCGUCUGUUUUCUUUCAGUAGAAGCAUAUAGCAUACCAAUUUGUGACAUUCUAUCAGGAAAUUUAAUAUUCAUUAAUAUUAAUUUAUUACGAAUAAUUUCAUCUUCAACAUGGCGUACAAACUAACUUACUUCAACAUGAGGGGUCGAGCCGAAUGUAUUCGUAUGAUAUUUGCGGCUGCUGGAACCAAAUACGAAGAUAAUCGCAUCGCAUCUGAAGAUUGGCCAGCGGUGAAAGCAAGUACCCCGUGGGGCCAAAUACCCAUACUGGAAGUUGGGGAUAAGACGCUUGCCCAGACAAUCACUAUCUGUCGCUAUCUUGGACAUCAAUUAAAAUUAUCGGGAAAGGAUAGCUGGGAGGCGGCCAAAUGUGACGAAUAUGUCGACGCUGUGAACGAUCUGUUCAAUGAGUGGGUCAAGUACUUCUUUGAAAAAGAUCCAGACAAAAAAAUCAAAGCCCACGCAGACUUCAAAAGCGUCCCACUCCCAAAAUAUCUCUCUAAAUUCAACGACAUCCAGAGUAAAGUUGAUGGGCCGUACUUGAUUGGAAAGGACCUCACUUGGGCCGACAUUUUUAUCGCGGACAAGCUUAAUCGUCUUCAAGAAACUGAGGGACCAGAUGUGCUAGAUCCAUAUCCCAACCUUAAGGCGUUCAAGGAGGCCGUACAUGCCGUGCCCAACAUAAAAGCCUACGUCAGCCAGCGCCCCCCAAAAUGAAACAUUAAAUUUAUGUGAUCCAGAAAUUUCCCAUGUACAAGUAAAUUGGCAAAUUGUGCUUUAUUUCUAACAAAUUAUAAAUAUGUGGAUGUAUUUGGGCCGGAAAUGAAUUUAAUAAAAUUAUUAGAGUAUUAAAAUAG